CGUAUUUUGUGUGUAUUUGGAUCGUAAUGAGGGGGAGGGUGUUUACUCCACUAUAGAUGCUAAAAAAUGUUUAAUAUUUGAACACCUUAUUUUUUGCAGCACAUAUACUUGUAAAUAUAAACAAAGAUGCCAGUUGACACAAAACGAAUUAAUGGUCCCUCUGUAACUCAAUCGUUGUCAUCGUUCCGGAAAAUACUCACAGAUAAACCGUUACUAAACAAAGAUGGUAGACGAUCAGAUGGAAGAGAACAUCGUGAAAUUCGACCGAUCUAUUUAAAGGCUGGUACAGUAAAGAAAGCCAACGGCUCCGCUUACCUGGAAACUGACGGAACGAAAUUGAUAUGCGCAGUUUAUGGACCGCGUGAUAACCCCAAACGACACGACUUCAUGUCGACUGGUACGUUGACGUGCGAAUUUUCAUACGCACCGUUCGCUCGCGAAGAACGGAUAAUAGACCACCAAGAAAGACUAAGCAGAGAAUAUUCAGAAAUAAUAAUCGAAUCCUUAUCGUGUGCUGUGUGUUUAGAAUCGUAUCCAAAGGCACAAAUCGACGUGUACGUAAAGGUUUUAGAGGAUAACGGAAACACGUUAAGUCAUGCCAUGGUAGUAGCCUCUGUUGCACUAGCCGAUGCAGGGAUUGAGAUGUUGGAUCUUGUUACGUCCUGUUCGGCAGUUUACAACGAUGCUGUUAUGUUAAACGAUCCGAGUAAUUUCGAGUUAACACACCACGAUAUAUUAGGUAAAGUCGCCAUAGCUUAUCUACCAUCUUUGAAUCAAAUAUCGUGUUUACUAAAGGAUGGCGAGCAAAGCACGGAGGACUCGAUUAAAUCAGUGAACGCUUGUAUAGAGUCGUGUUUGAGAGUGCACAGUGUCAUGAGAGAAUGUUUGACGAACAGUUGAAAAUUGAGUUCACAGGUUACAACUUUGUAAGUCUUUAAAUAAAUGAUUUACCACCUGAUAGAUUUACAAAACUAUAGAGCUAAAUUAGAAAUACAAUAUUCCUUUCUUGUUCA